ACGUUUUAGUAUUUUCCUUUUCUCUCCCCUUCCUUCCGAGCCUCUCGUGUCCUGACCUCCUCUUCCAAGUUCCAACGCGGCGGAUCUACCCUCGACUGCCGCUGUGCCGCCCCAGCGUCACCACCGGCGCCUCCUCUCGCCACUCGGAGACGGGCGUCGUCGCCGCCGCCACCGCCGCCGCCACCGUCACCGUUCCCCUUCUUCCCCGCCCCCCCUGGGAGAUCCUGGCCAUCGGGUCUCCUUCCUUCCUCUGAGGGCCAAAGUUUAGCUUGACGCCAACAUGUCGUCGAAGAAGAUAGAGCUAGACCACAAGGACAUGGUUCAUGAUUCUGCCAUUGACUACUAUGGGAAGCGCCUUGCCACAGCUUCCUCGGACUCCACUGUGAAGAUCACCAACAUUGGAGGUGCAUCUGCCCCGUCCCAGCUCGUUGCCACCCUCACUGGCCACUAUGGUCCUGUAUGGCGUGUUGGAUGGGCCCAUCCCAAGUAUGGUUCAAUUCUGGCAUCCUGCGGCUAUGAUGGCCGUGUGAUAGUCUGGAAGGAGGCUGCCACUGGGCAAUGGUCUCAGCUCUAUGUGUUUGACAACCACAAGGCCUCAGUUAACUCAAUUGCUUGGGCUCCAUAUGAACUUGGCCUUUGCCUUGCCUGUGGGUCUUCUGAUGGCACCAUCUCUGUCAUCUCCAUGCGGCUUGAUGCAGGAGGCUAUGACGCUGCAACCAUCGAGCGGGCACACCCUGUUGGAGUGACAGCAGUCUCCUGGGCUCCAGCAGCACCCCUUGGGUCCAUGGUUGGCUCAGGUCAGCUCGUCCACAAGCUCGUGUCUGGUGGCUUUGAUUGCGUCGUCAAGGUGUGGGAGUUUGUCAAUGGUGGCUGGAAGCUGGAGAGCGCUAUGGUCUCCGACAUGCACAAAGAAUGCGUGAGGGAUGUUUCAUGGGCACCGGUCCUGGGCUUGGCAAAGUCAACCAUUGCCAGCGCGUCCCAAGAUGGCAAGGUUGUCAUCUGGACCAGUGGCAAAGCAGGAGGCAAGUGGGAAGGAAAGCUCAUGCGUGACUUCGAGGCCCCGGUGUGGAGGGUGUCCUGGUCCUUGACGGGAAACAUACUGUCGGUCGCUGCCGGCGAGGGCGACAUAACUCUGUGGAAGGAAUCGUCGGACGGGCAGUGGGAGUCGCUGUGGACCAAGGCUUCGGAGGAGCCGCCGCAGGAGCAGGCCGCGAUCGAGGAGGCCAUGCAGUAGGGGGGAGUCGACGCCAUGUCCCCUGUCUCGAUUUCAGACCAAAGCCAUGACUUGCUUUCACCUGCUGCCCUGAUACUCAUAGAGAUACCCGUUUCCAUUUUUUUUUGCCGUUUGUUUCUGCAUGGACAAUGUCUGAUUGCACUGUUUAGUUUUACUUUACUGGUCAUGUACUCGUCGUGCACACCGUCAGAAUGUAUUGGCUGUUUGAACUGUUCA